CGGAGCGAGCCGGGCCGGAAGCCCCUGGAUGGCCGCAGCCGGCCUGCCAGUCCGCUCGCCCGCCCGCCUGCCCCGCUCCGGCCGGCCGCCCAGAGACAGAGAGGACGACGGGCGGGCGCCGGCUGAGUGCCGCCUCCCUGCGCCGGCAUCGCACCCGGGGAGCGGCGGGAUCCGGCGGCCAGGAGGAGGAGGAGGAGGAGCGGGCGGAGAGGGCCGGCUGGGCUGGGCGGGAGGCUGAGCCCGCGAGAGAAGCCGCAGCCCGCAGGAGGCCCCGUCCCCUCUCGAUGGAGGAGCAGCCCGGCCCGCCAGCGCCGCCGCCGCCGCCCCAGCAGCAGCAGCAGCAGCAGCAGCCCCAGCAGCCUCCGCCGCCGCCGCCCCACCACCACCACCACCACCAUCAACACCAUCAACACCACCACCAUCACCACCCGCCGCCGGCGCAUCACCAGUCCUUCUACUACUACAACCACCACCACCACCAACACUACUCGGCCGACGGCAGCCCCGGCAAGGCCCCGCCGCACAAGCCAGCCCUGAAGCACGAGCCCAGGACCCCCGCCGCCGCCGCCGCCGCCAGCGCAGGAGGGAGCCUCCAGCAGCACGACGUGCCCGCCAAGAAAGCAGGCCAUGGCGAGUUCAAUGGGAAUGUCGGGGAAAGAGAAGCGUCUGUAAAGAGUCUGAACUCCAUGGAAACAGCCAGCCUUAUUUCCAGGGUUCCCAACGGCAGCCAGCAGCCCGGAGAUACUAGCCUCACGCUCAGACAGACUGUGAAGGGUGGCACCUUUGGAAAAGCCGGACUCAAAUCCAAACAUUUCAUUCCCAAAGGAGGCAUAGACAGAAGGAACGAGAAAUGCUAUGAAAACAAACAGAGAGAGAACCAGCCCCCUGAAAAGCCGGAGGUUGUCUCUGUUCCCAAUGGGGUCAUCACAAACAGCUGUAGCUACAUCACCAAUGGUUACGUCAGCAAAGGCUUGGAGAAUGACGGGAGCGGAUCCGAGAGCGGCUACACCACUCCCAAGAAGCGGAAAGGGAGGCAAAACAGUGCCAGGGGCUGCGAGAACCUGAAUUUGGUGCAGGAGAAAAUGCCCCACGAGCCCGCGGUGACCCCCUCAGCCUUAAAGCAGGAGUCAGAAGGUUUCAAACCUGACUGCAUUGAAAUGAAGGGGAGCAGAGUGGACGGCAUGAAACUUGCCUGGAAGUGUGAGACGGGGGCCAUGGGGGUCGGCCGCGGGAAGCUGAGUGUCGGGGAUAUACAGCGGAAAAACCCAGAGGCCAAGGUGGGGGUCCCUAGCAAAAAGUUUGAGGAGCGGCCCAAAGGGAAAACUGCGUCUGCUUCCAAAGAGGAUUCUUGGACCCUCUUUAAACCACCACCGGUUUUCCCAGUGGACAACAGCAGUGCGAAAAUUGUUCCUAAAAUCAGUUAUGCAAGCAAAGUAAAAGAGAACCUCAACAAGGCUGCACAAGCCCCGUCUUUGUCGUCAUCGUCGUCGUCUUCAUCGUCAUCGUCGUCCUCCUCUUCCUCUUUGUGUUCGUCAUCUGCUGCUGAAGCCCAGCCCUCUAGCCGUCUUUCUCAAGUCCCCAUGUCCGCUAUGAAAUCCGUUACUUCUGCUAGCUUUUCAAAUGGUCCGCUUUUAGCAGGGGCGGACCGCAGUGUGUGUUCUACAGGGAGCCAGUCGCUGCAGCUUGCGCCUGCUGCCGGCGCCAUCUUGCUGGCCUCUUCCGAGUUAGUGCCCCAGGAUGCGGGUAUGUCCUCGGCUACGGAGCCGAAGAAGUCGAGUCUUUUUAUCUACCCUUCAAAUAUGCAAGCCGUUUUCCUCAACGCCACGCCGGCUGAACCGUUGUUCCAGGCAAACCAACAGAGCCUUGGUGACAUCUUCCAGAACCAGUGGGGUUUAUCAUUUAUAAAUGAGCCCAACGCGGGUCCUGAGACUGCGGCUAGGAAAUUGGUGGACAGUAAAUCUGAGGAGGUGACAUCUCAAGGGGAAUGCCCUACUGCUUUGGCUUCGCAGGUGGUUGACUCUGCUCCCCCGGGACCCGAUCCGCCUGUGUUCCCCAAGGCUUACGAGCUGGACAAACGGACUAGUCCGCAGCUCCUUAGUGGCAUUGUAAAGCUUGGAACUGCUGGCGAGGGGGGUGGUGGUUUGUUGGAGUCACAUCAAUCAAGUGGUCUUCACCCAGCCGAACUUAGCAGCCCAGGGGCAUUUAUCUUUCUCUCCAAGGACUAUCAUGUAGAGAAUCAGCUGGCCUCCCCUACGAACGGUUUGUUAGCCUCCACCAAAGAACAGAGGUACCAGAGAGGCCUAGAAAGGAAAGAGAGCUGGGGUGAUUUUGACCUGAGGGCUGCUGUUCUAUAUCACACUCAAGAAAUGGAAUCUCUUUGUAAUUUGCAAAAGCAAGAUCCCAAAAGGAUAAUCACUUACGGCGAAGCCAUGGAUCACCCUGACCAGUGAGGCGAGCGAGGAGGCACUGCCAGGGGAAGUGGCUGCCUCCAGCAGCGGCCAUGUGCUGUCCGUAGAGGCCGGGUGGCAGCUGCUUUGGUGCUCCUUCCGGAACUGUCUGACGUGGCAGGGGAAUCUGAACUAGAAUUGCAGGAUAAUAUAUACAAAUAUAUAUAUUAAAUAUAUAUAUAUAUAUAGUUAUUUUUAAAAAUUAAAAAGGGCCUCUGGGCACGAGGAGACAUCACAAGGAAUUGAUAGAGACUUGCAUUAUGGGAUUAUUUAAACGCCUGGUUCUGAAUUUCCACGUUCUCCUCUCCUUGCCUUUUGUUUGUUUGUUUUUUGUCCCAAGAGUGGACCUAAACUCCAACCGGACCCGGGUGUUGCCCACCCUGCUGGCUCUGGCCCUCCGCGGGGGAGGGGGCUUCAGCUUUGGCUGGGACUCUGCAGCCAUCUUGAAAAUGCUAUCGAUUAGGAACUACCUGGGAGGGGCAGCCCUUGGCCCCUCCCCUCCGGCCAUGCUGCUGUUCACCUCUUUCCCUCCCCUGCCAGUUUUACUUGAAUCCUGCUGGGGAGGGGGGAACCUGAGCAGUGCAGGGUUCUUCUCUCUGCUGCUCCCCCCGUGAAGGAGACUGAGGAAGGGGCCCUUUAAAACCUCAUGCGAGUCUUCUUCCCUCUCUGGGAAACGGUCACUCUGUGGUUCUGGAAUCCACAAGGUCGGCAAGGCAGUCUGUUGCACUUCUGGGAGGAAUGUGUCAUCUUGACCGACCCUGUCUAGAUCAUAGUUUGUUUUAUUAAGGCAUCCAAGAUUUUUUUUUUUUUAGGGGGAGGGGGCAGGAAUAAUAGCCCCGCUCCCGUAAUUUACGCCAUAUCCAUUGGAGCAAACAAAAUCUGUUCAGCUUGUAGGUAUUUGGUAUUUUUCUUCCAUCUCUUUAACACUUGGCUGGCUUUUUUUGUUUUGUUUUGUUCCGUUCUCUGUUGUGAAGCUGAAACAGAGAGGAUGUUGUGUUUUUGCUAACUUUGUAGGUUACACUUGCACACACAAACAACCCCCCCCCCUCCCCGUUCCCUGCCCCUUUUCUUUGUCCUAUCUGGAAAUUAAUUAGGAAAAAAAGAGGAAAAGAAAAGAAACAGCCAGUGCUCCCUGCUCUCUGCCCUUCCCAAUCUGACUUCUACCCUCCCCUGCUUCAAACUGAAACCCUCUUGUGGUCUCACCCCAAGGCAGCCAUUUUAGCUUAUUAACACUGUAUAUUAUUAUUACAAUUAUGAUUAUUAUUAUUCUCCGCUCCUGCUUCACAAUAAGAGUCAUCACAAGAAUAGAAUUGGGGCUGGGGGGACGGCGACUAGUAUUGAAACAGAAAAAUAGUUGUUUUUGUUUUAAAAAAAGGUUCAAAUUUAGUGCCCGGGGAACAAACUGGGCCAGAUUGAAGGUGCAAAGACAGGUGAAGCAUGCUGAAGUCUGGGAAGGGCUGCGAAGAGGCCCUGCUGAGAGGCGAGGGAAGGUCCUGCUUCCUCUGUUCUCUGGGACCCCCCCUUUCCGAGCCGACCAGGCGGGCAUCUGCAGCUGUGCUUGUGCUUGACUCAUCAUGCCCCUCUUUGGUCCUUCUGGGCCGUUGGGAGGUGAAUGACCCAAUUUCUCUCCCCCCUCCCCCAGAUCUGUGCUGCCACCAUUUUAAAUUUUUUUGUUGUGUCCUUAAUAUGCCUUUUAAUAACUUUAUUUGCUUCUAUUAAAGUUGCUCCUGGCAAAAAAAAAUAAACCUUCACUUGGAGCCCUUUUAAA